AUGUCGGAAGAACCACCUGCAAAACGCAUCCGAAAGGGGACCAGGAGUUGUCAAGAGUGUCGACAUCGAAAGAUCCGUUGUAUCUGGCCAUCCGACAAUGCUCAAGUCUGUCAGAGCUGCGCCAACAGAAAUCGCGUCUGCGAGUUGCAGCUUGAGGUAAUACCGACUGUCGAGACGACAAAGUUGACUUCUCGAGCCCGAAUCGAAGCCUUAGAGAAGUCGGUAAGCGAUUUAUGGAAUGCCAUCGGCCAGACUCCUCCGGUCCCAAUAGGCCAAGAACCACAAUCCCAUGAUAGACCUAGAACCAGUCAUAUUGAUUACCAACAAAGUCCUGAUUCAUCCAAUCCUUCUUCACCAGCCAAUCCACCAACUCAUUUACUUCGUCUUCUCGACAACGAUUUUCUGGACUCAAACGGUCAUGAAACCACUACCCCCACCGCCCGUUUGUCCACUUCGACCAUGUCUAAGGAGUCAGCCGCUUUACUGAAGCUCUUGCCCUCGCGCGAAGACAUGGCCAUUAUUGCAGCAAACGCCUCGGAUUGGCUAUCGUGGUACAGAGUCCUCUUUUCUCUGAACAUCGCCAUGAGUGCUGGUCCUGCCAUGCUCGAAGACUAUGACAAGGUCAAACAGUCCGCCACGCAUCCAGUCCCUAUCGCAACCCUGUUGUUGGCUGUGACUUUAACGGUUCAGCAAGCUCCUGAUGCAAUCAGCAUGUUACGAAGCAUACCUGAUUCGGCCGCCUUUAUCAAGGACGUUUCCAACCUCGUGGAAAAGGUUGUUGUCUCGAACGAUGAUCUGAUAGCUGAUAUUGAUGGGAUCCGGUGUGCUCUGUUGUUUAUCCGCCUCCAACUGGGCCGAGCAAGGGUCCGGAAAACCUGGCUUACUCUUCGACGAGUCAUUGCCGUUGCCGAACUCAUCGGCUUGCCAAGAGCAGCAGCAACUCUAAGUCUUAACGCAGAGGCUCAACCUCGAUCAGAUCACCUCCAAUCUGAACAGUACCGUGGAGAUGUAUCAGCAGAUCAACAAGAGAAGGCCGAAGUCUGGGAGUCUGUGUGUGCCAUUGAUCGAAUCAUCUCGAUGAUGUGGUCUCUUCCAGUGGCUACGUCUAGUUUCCCACUUCCGGUCCGGUCAUUUAUUGACUGCCAAGGCGAAGUUAUCUUGCAGGCCUUCAUUCAUAGACUCGCUAACAUUGCCAGUAAGGUUCUGGAGCUCGAUGGUGUAUACAUACAGGACAAACCCGUACCGGAUCUACUGAGUGCGGUCAUGUCUACUGAUCAAGAAUUGCAAGAAGUCGCCAAAGCUCCAUCAAAAUCGUGGUGGAUCGAAUCGCCAUCGGUAUUAUCUCCGGCAGUCAUAUUCCAGCAUUGGCACUCGUACCUGACCAUACGCACUCAUCUUCGACUAGCCCUUGCCUAUGAUCAUGAUCAGAGAUUUCUUUACAACUUCAUUGCUUGCCUGAGUGCCUGUCAGGCGCAUACUAGGCGUUAUAUCUGGUUGCGACCACUUCUGCCGGCAGGCUUCUUUGCAAAUUCCAUCAUCGACUUGCAGGCGUUCUCGGCGAUUGUGUUCCUAAUGUUAUCUGCGAGAAAGUCCGCCACAGCCCCUUCUGCCGUGGCUUCUCGGCAUAUAAUGACCCCUGAGCAGACCCAUUCUCUGAUCGACGAAGCUGUUCAAGCUAUGGAACGAGCGUUAAGCCGUACUGGUAGUCAUUCUGCUUUGCACGGACUCGAGGCCAUCAAGAGUCUGCGAUCUUUAAUCGAUCAGCCAGAUUCGGCUGAGCCACAGAGAGCUAGUCUGCUGCUUCCUAUGAUUGGAAGAAUUCAUGUAUCUCGCAAAUCUGAUACAAGUCGUCAGCAAGACCAGUCGAUGCAAUCUCCUAGUAGCCGAAGACCCGAACUUCCUCCUCAGGGUGGAUAUUCUACCAAUAUGACAGGGUCAAACUAUUUGAGUCCUGAAGCUUUGAACACCCUGUCUUACUCGAUGGAAGUACCGGAAGACUAUCUUUUCUUCACCGAUCAGAACUUCGGGACCGAGCAGUGGUUGUCAUGGACUAACUGA